UCCCUUGGCAAAUGCCGGAGAUCACGUGGUUCCCCGGCGAGGACGACCGCAUUCCCGUCGAGUUCGAGGUGGAGAUGCAGGACAUGUCGGAGCUCUACCAAUACCACGUUCUGAAGUUCGUGCCUUGGGUCGAGCAUCACCAUCUGCUUGAGGUUCCCCGUGGGCUAUCUUGUGAAGGUUUAGUUGGCGUGGUAUCGGAUCUUCCCGUGCCCGAUAUACCCAGUCAUUUUUCCCUUGCCGAGGAGGUCGUCUCAAACCCUAUGAUAGACGGUGUUAGCCUGGGGUCGCAGCACCUGGAUAAAGUCAAGUUUGCCUACGCCGAAGAUCUGUCUCUGGUCCGCCUCGAUGUCGUUCCGCCAAAUUAUAUCACCGCGCUCACAGACCACGUGGUUGAGAUCGUCCACGAUUUCAAUACAGGUGCUCAGUACAUAAUCGACCGCGAAUUUGGCAACUGUUCUAUUGAUCGUAUUCCAGAUUUCACUUUCGACACUCAUUUUGGAGGCAUGCUAGGGACAGGAGGCUCCAUGCUCGGCCCCAACGAGCUCUUCCACCUGGACGACACCUAUGCGUAUGUGGGCGAACGAUCCACACGGGAGGUCGGGAGUGACAUGUGGACCUCCACUCGUGACGAUAUCCCAGAUCCCGAGGUCGGGUGGGAGGAGAACUACCCCAAGGCGGUUCUCGAGUAUUACUUCUCCCAGGGCGUUGAGGUGACCCCCACCAACAAAGUGCCAGUCAAGAUGCCCAUUCGCGGAGACCUCUUCACUUACAACCGGUCAAACCCCUUGCAGGUGACGGGUAUGAUGACGACCAACUUCUACGACUUCAAGGAGGUGGCUCUCUACACCGAGACGGAAUUCAGUGUGGAGGAGUGUUACGAGCGCUGGAGUGACAGAUGGUCGUACCUCAUUAUCACCUUCCCCGCUGCCCACAAGAACCAGUUCCAAGCAGCCGAGAAGAAACCGGACUUAUUCAAGCAUAAAGUUCUCGAACUCAUAAUAUCCAGGGGAGAUAUUUCACCCGUGCGCAUUGCUUCCAUUGAUGUGUCAGAAGGAGUAUCCGGCCUAAUACCCAACACAACGGACGCAGAUCUCAUCAUCGUGUCCGUCAAACUUCUUGAGAGAGCCCCCUACCUCCUCUCCUUCAGGACACCCUCGGACGAACCGAACAAAUUUCCCGGAGUCAACGAGAAGAGCUUCGAGGGCGUUCACACCGAAGACUGCGCCAGGUUCUGUUUGGAGGAGCGUGGCUUUCAGUGCAAGUCCUUCCACCACUGCGACGACAGGAUCUGUUUCCUGAGCUCCCUUGACACCGCCGAUGGGGAACCAGUGGACACGGUGAACAAAUGCUACCACUGGAUUUCCAGCGUUGACAACCAAACCUUCGUGGAUUUGCCGUCCAGCGAAGUUUAUUCUGUUAUCCUGGACGCUAUCCGACACGGGAAAUUUAUGUUCAGUAUUCCUUAUAAGAAUGACACCGUGCUGUACGAGGCCUCCAUGAGCUUCCACUACAGGACCCCCGACCCGCUGGACCCCAUCAGGAUGCAGUUUACCCUCGAAGCUCGCAGUAUGACCAUCGUGAAGGUUGACUACAUUCAGGAAGAUAUGGCCAUCCUGGACGAGUGCCUGGCCCUGUGCGUGGGCUGGAAAGCUUUCCGCUGCGAGACCGUGGUGCACAAGCCCAUAGACAAGCAGUGCAUGCUCCUCGCCGCCCACUACCAUGAUAUCAACUCCACUUACAUCAAGCCGGAGAGUGAUUCCUGGAUUCAUUCUAGAUCGUACCUGGCCGACUACAGCCCUGUCUUCGGUGGCGUGGCUCUGAACACCUCGGGGCCUACGUAUGAAAAUGUGGAUCAUCUGGAGGCGUGUGCUAGAUAUUGCUCACAAGAAACGAGCAUCUCGUGUCAAAGCUUCGAGUGGUGUCACGAGCUGCGCCUGUGUCAUCUACAUCAAGAACAUUUCCUGGACGUGGUCGACGGAGGCAACUACGAAGUUCAUACUUCGUGCAUUCACUUCUCCAAGCGAAACGACCAGUUGUUCUCGCGAUAUCCUCACCAAGGAUUGCCCAGCGACAGCAACAGGCUGGUUGCUUUCAAGACUGACGUUUCGAGCUGCGCCAAACUCUGCAUCGAAGAGAGUGACAUGACCUGCCAGAGCUUUGACUUCUGCACGGAAUGCGGCGACGACGAAUACAGCGUUUGCGGGGAAGACAACUCCGGCUCCACCAACUUGUGUUUCCUGUCCAGCCACCACUUGGGCGAGGACGGCGUCGCUCUCACCGCUGCCACCAGCUGCGAACAUUAUUCCCGUGACGUUUUCGGUGACGUCGACUACCCUACUUGGGUCUCCAGGCAGAGAAAAUCAGACAAGCCAUACACUUCAGGCGACAUGACCGGGUUGGCCUUCGGCAUGAUCUUCCUCGGUAUCCUCGUCGCCGUCGCCUUCCUCUUCGGGAUGACCUACGCCAAGCCCACGUCAGUGCCCAAGGACUUCUCCAUCAGCUUCGUCAACCUCAAGUCGGGCGAGAGCAGCAGUUAGCUCGCUAGGGGCAGUUCGGUAGUUCGGUAGUUUUGAUGGUUUUGAUUAGUUUUCUUCUCUUUUUGAAUGUCUUUUUAUUUUGUUUUUUGUUUUUUUGUUUUUUUCUUUUGU